CGCGUUGACGCCGCAAGCCGUAAUGAGUGCCAUGCGUUCUUCGAACGCUCCCACGCAGUCAGGUGGUACUCCUCCUUGACUAUUUUCCUCAUCCCCAAUUUUCAGUCGGCCCAUCCGGUGAACCAGGUCUCGAUCCUCUUCUGGCGUUUCAGGUCGUCCUACCUCGUCCCUCACGAUGUCAUCUUUGGCCUGAGGGCCAAAGGAUCGGCGAUACCACUGGCGCAGAUGGUGGAGGGUGACAGUGUAGCGGGAUGGGUCCAGCGUGGAGGGGGCAACAUCAAAGAGCUCGAGGUGAGCGUCAUUGCCCACCUCUUGAUCGUAUGACCACAGCAGAACUGCGGCCAUUGUGGCCACCACGUCGCCGACUUCCGUGUCCCAUGCUUCGUUGGUCUCCAGUUCAUCCAGAGGUCGACAAGCAACAACCUGGCGGAAUCUUGCGUACCACAGCCCAAUCCGAAAUGAUUCAUCGUUGACCCAUCGAGAUUCCAGGUCGUAUGCGGCGUACGCAUCAGCCCGGUCCAGGACCAGGAAGUCGCCGUUCUGCUGCUUUGUGACCACAAAUCGUGGCCCUGGAUCAGUCUGGAUAAGGUCUUUGUCACCGGGGUAGGGGGCGGCGUUGGUGAGGGCCAUUCGUAUGAAGCGGGCGCGGAUGUUGCCAAUAGGCGUGUGCAUCUCAUCUAGGGGCAAUGGGGGCGAGUCGUGCAACAGGUUGCUGUCCAGGUACUCAAGUACUUCGCUAAGUCCAUUUUUGUCUUCAUCUUGGAACUGGCUGGUACUCCCGCCCUCUCGA